UCGACUGGAGCAGAUUCUCUCUCUUUUCCAUCUCCGCUGUCAAAUUUUCGUGAACGUCAUUCAUCAUCCCCCUUUUUGCCUGCUCCUGAAGUAUACCUGCCGCCACCGGCCCUCUCUGUUGCCUGUCUGACUUCCGAGAACUCAAGAGGAGCAAAGAAAGUCUUACGGCCAUUUCUGUUAUAUUGUAUGAGUUCAGAGAACUCAAAGAAAGCAGAGGAAGAGGGCGAUGGAGGAAGACAGGCUCGCCUGGGUGGCGAAGCUCGAAAGCAGAUCCAGAGAAUAUGACGAUGCAAGAUACCUGAAGAAGAUGUCGAAGACAACGAUUUACAAAUUGCCCUAUGACAUUGUUAAUGUCUCGGGGCCCAGUAGCACCUACGCCCCACGGAUGGCCUCUUUCGGCCCCUACCACCAUGGGAAACCACACUUGAAGCCCAUGGAGUUCCACAAAGAAAGAGCUCUAUACAGGAUCCAAGCGAGAACCCAAGUCCCACUGUCUCGCUUCGUUUAUUCCUUGAUGCAAGUGGAACAGCAAGUCAGGGAUAGCUACUGCGACAUCGAUCCAGAUAUGUCGUCUGAAGCUUUCUUGAAGAUGAUGCUCCUUGAUGGUUGCUUCAUGCUUGAACUCCUGCUCUUUGAUGGUCGUCUCCUGCAGAGCCCUUCACUAAAUGGUGGAGCUGAACCUGCUUAUGCAUCCGUUGGACGAGAAGAUUUUGGUUCUCCCAGCUACAUCUUAAGCCGUUUCGAUCCCAUCUUCAGCCGCCACGGGAAGAAGCAUGCGUUCACCUUGCUGCGCCGGGAUAUGCUGAUGCUAGAAAACCAAAUCCCUCUUCUUGUUCUAAAGAGGCUUCUUGAUGCAGGGAAAGAAGGAGAAGUUGGAAACAGUGUUGAUCUCAAUCGAUUGAUAACCAAAUUUUUUGACUUCCCUUCUUUUUCGAUGCCUGAUCUUGGUUUGCAUGUUCUAGACGUCUACAGGAAGUGCAUAAUCCGGCGCCCGGAGCAGAGUUCUAAUCAGCAUGCUCCUUUGCCAUUUCCAAUGGGGAUUGACCUUAUUGGUGGAUGCGCUCGAUCUGCAAAGAGUCUUCAUGAAGCAGGAGUAAAAUUCAGAAGGAGCAAACGGCAAAGCGGGUUGAACAUAAAGUUCAGUAGAUAUGGCGUGCUCACCCUUCCAUUCAUUAAGAUAGAUAAUCACACAGCACCUGUCUACAUGAACCUGAUGGCCUUCGAGCGCAUGCACCCAGAAGCAGGCUGCCAAGUGACCUCAUAUGUGGCUUUCAUGGAUGAUCUUAUAGACACUGCAGAGGACGUGAGCCUCCUUAGCUCCAACGGAAUCGUGAGGAAUGAUCUUGGGAGCGACGAUGCAGCUGCCAAUCUCUUCAACAGGGUGGGAGAUAACAUUGUUCUUGUAGACGAUUCAAAUGAUCACACAUGUCAGAUCAAAAGACAGUUGAAGGUCUACGCUUCCUCUGCUUGGAAUGUAUGGCGUGCACAUCUGAGGCAUACCUACUUCAACAAUCCAUGGUCCCUGUUAUCACUCUCUGCUGCCAUAUUUCUGCUAGCUUUAACAAUUGCUCAGACUCUGUAUUCCAUCCUGUCUUAUUACACCCGCUACUGAAUCACAUAGAAGUGAGUAAUGUUCUUGGACCAAAAUGUGGCAGCAUCACUGACUGCAGUAAAUCGUUUUAAAACUGUUGAGUAGAAUUUCUCAUGUCUUUACCCGUCA